CUAACUGAAAACAAAGAAAAACGAGAGAGAGAGAAAUAAGAAAAUUAAAAGAGAACAGCAGCACCCCACCAAGCGUCGACGAGUCGUAGAUGGCGGCGGCGCCGGCGGCAGGGACGGGGACGGGGACGGGGAAGGGGAAGCGGAAGCGCCCGCUCUCCGAGGACGACGUCUACCUCCUCCUCCACAGGUACUCACCGGGGACGAUCCUGACGGCGCUGCAGGAGGUGGCGCAGCACGCGAAGGGCAGGCGCAUCGACUGGAGGGCGGUGGUGGGGAAGUCGGCCACGGGGAUCACCUCCGCACGCGAGUACCAAAUGCUCUGGCGCCACUUCGCCUACCACCACGAGCUCGACGAGAGCGUCCACGCCGGCGACCAGCCUCUGGGCGAUGACAGUGACCUGGAAUGUGAGCUUGAACCUGUUCCCAACCUGAGCAAGGAAGCAUUAUCUGAGGCCACUGCAUUAGCCAAGGCGCUGAUAUCCGGAUCUUCACGUGAGCAAGCCUCUGGUCAUCGCGUUAACUUGGAUGCUCCUGUGCUAAAUUCUCCAAAUGAAAAGAUAGUGCGGGUUCCAUCUGAUAGACAGCUUGCUCAGAGUCACCGUAUAACAAAUACAGGUCCUGUUUCCAACUCAAAACAGUCAUCCCAUAUAGGACCAUCUCCUGAUCCUUUGGAUGCAAAUGGGCCUUCUAAAAAGAAAAGGAAGAUUAAAACAUGGUCCAAAGAGGAGGAUGCGGACCUAGCGGCUGGUGUACAGAAGUAUGGUGAAGGAAAUUGGGAGGAUAUUCUGCAUAAGUGUAACUUUGAUAAUACAAGAACGCAUCAUCAGUUGUCUCAGAGAUGGGCGCUAAUUUGCAAGCGUCCAGGACCGACCAAGCCUGCUGGUGCUAAACAAAGUGGUGGCGCUAGCACAGAGGAAAGAAAGGCAGCUCUAAAGGCAUUUUCAAUGGCUAUUGACAUGCCUAUGCCUGGAAUAUCUGUGCCAAGAUCAGGAGCUCACCAACAAAGCAUUCAGCAUACGUCUACAGUGUUUGGUCCUUUGAUACCCGAGGUAAAAUCUGCAGCAGCUCCUUCACCGGCACAGACACCAGCAGCAGUUCCAGUGCCGGUCCCAAUGCAAGUGCCAGUUGCCAUCCCUGUGCCUGUGACAGUACAGGUGCAGUCGCCACUCACUCAGCGGCAACAAGCACCUGCCCAAGCUGCACCUCCAAAAGUGUCAAAUGCUUCAAACAAGACACGGAAUAACUCUAAGAAGCAAACUGCCCGGCCAAAUCCUACCAUUGGUCCUUCCUCAAUACAAGCAGCAGCCAUUGCUGCUGGUGGUCGAAUUGCCACAGCCACAACCGCCGCAAACUUCUUAAAAGUCGCACAAUCCAAGAAUGCUGUGCACAUAAAAUCUCAAGUAACAGGAUCUUCGAAAUCUUCUACAAGCUCUAAAGCACCGAUUGUGGUUGCUGAGCCUGGGACACAGCUUGGUGGCGCUCAACACCUAGAACAUCCUAAUACUAGUGCCCUUAAAUCUGGUCCUUCAAUUUUGACCACGCAUGCAACUGAGCAAGUUCAUGAUGUUUCAGAAGUUGCUGCAUUUAAUCCUCCGGGGCCAUCUGCUGGGGCACAUUCGUUGGAAACUAAGAAAGCGUUGAGUAUCACACCAGUACAUGCCUCAUGUGGCAGUGAGGAAAAGGAUGACGACUCUACAUUCUGUGUUGUCACGAUAGAUGACUUGUUCCCUGAAGAUGCAAAGCAACCAGAAACUGUCGAUCCCAAGGCAAAGCAGCCAGAAACUGUGGAUCCCAAGUCAAAGCAGCCAGACAUUGUAGAUCGUAAGGUUGAGGAUAUGGUAGAUCCCAAGGAUGCAGACAUGAUAGAGUUUGAUCGAUUUGUUGCUGCUCAAGGAGGAUGCUUAAACAUGGAUCAUCUGGAUAAAAGCAAGGCUGUCAAAAGUGCUCCAGGAGCUCAUGGUUUUGUUGGCUCCCAAAAGCAACAACUGAAACCGGUGCCCGCUGUUGAGAUAAGUAGCCCUGUAUCUGCUGGAGCGCCAGCAACCGGGAAGAAAACCAAAAGUCAUGUUCCACAUAUGGCGACCCCAAUGGCAACGGGGACCCUGCGCGGCAUUGUUGGCGCAGUCAAUGCCACUGCACAGAAUAAAACUACAGUAAUGAAGGCAGCCGCUGCAGCUACCACUGGUAGCCAAAUUCCUCUCCCGAAGAAGCAAACCGCAAACACAAAAGGCAACCAAAUGCCCAGUAAUGCCGCGGUCGGCUCUGGAGUACCAGCCAGCAGCCAGGCAAGCACAGCGGCGAAUGGUGCUAUUAAAGGGAAUCCAACAGCCAGCAGCCUGGCAAGCACGGUGGUGAAUUGUUCCACUAAGGGGAAUCCUCCGGCCAGCAGCCAGGCAAGCACGGUGGUGAAUGGCGCUAGUAAGGCGAAUCCACCAGCCAGCCAAUAGAUAUAGGCUAACACAGUAAAUGUUGUAAUAAUUCUCGUAGCGUUGAUCGUACUCCGAAAUGUGAAUAGGGCAUUAUAGACACCAUGUUAUUCUUUUCUCCUUGCAUUUUGCUCCCUCCCUUUUGCACCCCAAGAACUGGAGACCACUUGAUUGGAUUCAUUUUUAUCUGGUAGUUCUGCUAAUCAUCAACUUAAGUUAACUGUAA